AAAAUUUGGAUUUCUGUGAAUGUUUGAAACCUUCCGAAGCCAUGAAUGCCACCCAGCUAACGGAACUGAUGAGCAGCCACGACUUUAUGCAGUUGCAGCAGCAAUUGCAUCAUAACAACAACAAUUACAACACGGACGGACACAAUGGCCUGUCCCCGGAAUCGGCGGAGGGGCUUUCACGGCCCGUGCGACGCGCCACCAGACGCACCUCACAGUUAAGCAAUAACACCUGCGACCUGGAGAUGACAGAUUCCAGCUCGCAGAGCGACGAUACGAGCGGCGGCGGCGGGAGCAGCAACGGCGGUGGCAGCAGCACCACCACCAAUGGCCAGCAGCAGGGCGGUUCUCAGGAGAGCCAGCGGGCCUCAAGUCGGGGGCGGGGCCAGCAGGCCGGAAACGGAAGCUGCUCCUCGAGCCUAACGCCCAACAGCGCCCACUCCAGCUCGUCCAAUGCCAAUUCAAGCUCAAACCGGCGGCGCAAGGGCGCCUUGAAUGCCAAGGAGCGGAACCUUCGGCGUCUAGAGUCCAACGAGCGGGAAAGGAUGCGGAUGCACAGCUUGAACGAUGCCUUCCAGUCGCUUCGAGAAGUCAUUCCCCACGUGGAGAUGGAGCGGCGACUCUCCAAGAUCGAGACCUUGACGCUGGCCAAAAACUAUAUCAUUAAUCUGACGCACAUUAUACUCUCCAAACGGAACGAAGAGGCCGCGGCCAUGGAGCUGAAUUCUGGGGCCGUCGGCGGCGUUCUGCUUUCCAAUCUUACGGCGGAGAAUGGAGGAGGGGGUGGAUUGAGUGGCGCUACCAUUAGUGCGAAUGCGGCCACGCUUUGCUUCGAGGACACGAUGCCCAACGGGGCAUCCUACGACUGUGCUCUCCUGGCCGCCUCCGAUGGCAGCUUGCUAAACGCCACCGCUGUGGCAAACACAGCCUCCUCGAUGCAGAGCCUCCAGCCCCAAAGCAUGCACAUACAAACGCCGCUGGAGCAUCAACAGGCCAACCUGCCCCACCAUCAGCAGGCGAUGCUUAGCCAUGUUCACAUGGGAGGCACGAUGUUGCAAUCGCAGCAGCAGCAACAGCAACAUCAGCAGCAGCAACAGUCUACUCUUAUACUCAAUGGCAACACUCCGGUGGGCGUGGGAGUGGGCAUUGGAGUGGGUGUAGGUGUGGGGGUGGGAGUUGGGGUCGGCAGCAAUUCCGGAACCUUCCCGGAUGUUAACGAUAAUUUCGAUGAACCAUUCCGGGAGUUUUUAUAAGCCCCAGAGUGGGGUGAUUAUCUAAUGAAAGCUCUAUAGUAAGUAACUCUGUAUUAAAACUUCAUUAACAACGUAAUAGUAAAUUAAUGUAAGGAUAAACAAAAUUGUAAAGGUGUCCUUUAUUUGAUCAAUUAAUUAGUGCUACUGAUCAUCCAUUUAGUCACUUGUGUUGCACAAAAAAUUGGUUUUAUAUAUUUUUUAGUAAAAUUUU